GCAUGCGCAGAUUGCGCACUGCGUCCUGUUUCGUAAAACGCGCAAUCGGUUGAAGCUGUCAUUUGUUAUGUACUUCAUUUUUAUGUAGUUCAUUUCUUAGUAGUUUGCCUUCCUCGCACAUUUUCUAAGCGAUUAAUUUAGUCUUUACCAGUUGGGUCUGCUGCUGGAAAAAGCCAAAGAAUGAGUGACGAAGACAAGAGAAGCACCAAGAAAAUAAAAAUAAAAUCAAGUGAGGGGGACACCACGGCGCCUACCAGAAAGAGACAGAAAAUAAAAGAAAAACACGACAAUAAGAGAGCUGGUAAACUGGACACCACAAAAGCCAAAGUCGAGCACUCUGGCACGGACAAACAUACAUCUGCCCAAUCAACUGAUCAUCAACUGUCCGAUGUAGUAAAAAACACCUGUGAAGAAAAGAGGAAUGUAAAAAGACAACUUGUGUUUAAAGACUACCCAGAGUUCACACCUAACGUGACUCCCAAAGAGGUUUUGCAGGCAGGCAGUUUUGGGGGCACCUAUUUCAGGCCAAUCUACUCCAGUAUCACAAAGCAACACUAUAAAGAUGUUUGGCAAGAGCUUCCCAAAGACUGGCUGGAAGGGCUUACAAUCUCUUCACAGGUAGCAUCAUCAACAUACAGGGAAAAUGUGAACGCCUACAAGGUGAAGUGUGGAGGCAGUCUAGAGAUGUGGGAAAGCAGUGGCUGGAUUGUUCCUCAAGACCCAUACGGAUGGUUCCAGUGGUACUGCAGAUUUUACCAGGGCCGGCGAACACAGGAUGAUGAACGCCAGAUCAGUCGGUGGGCCAAAUGUGCAGGAGUCAAAGGUCGCUGGCGGAAUAACCUCAUUACAAAAGUGGUUCGGUCCGGUUGUGCAUACGAUAACUUCAGCGUUUCCCCAGUUGUUAGACAGACUCUUCAACACUGGGGCUACAGACUCACUCUGGAGGACUACAAGGAAGGAGCAAAAAGAGUUAAACCCAAGUAGCAUCAACAUUCUCUUCCAAAACUGGACUCGUUCAGUUUAAACCGUAAUCCAGAAAUGGUGAACGAUCGUAGUAUAUGAAUUAAACUGAAAAUCUGUUUGAAUAGUUAAUGUCUUACCUGAAUGAGGACAUAUUUUUAGAUGAAUGGGAAGUUAUGAAGUUUUUCAUAAGUGUUUUUUAAGUGGAACAACUGUACUCCACAACUCUACAUUUAUAAAAACUGGAUCCAAAGCAGCACUAGAUCUGAGAGAACUUUGGUGUUAAAAAGGUGUGGAGUUUACCGCAGGGGGCAUUCUUUUUGUAUUUUUAUGACAAUGUUACUGUGCAAAUAAUAUAAAUAUUUCUUUAGCAACCUUUUCUGGAUUUGUUUUUUUAAGUGUCGUGUAAGUUAUUCUGUCAAUGAGUACAAAAUAUGAUUUUACUGACUUUGUUCAUUGCGCU